UGACACGUGUGAUAAAGGACUUGCUCUGACUCCAGAAGCCUAACAGGACAGAAGUGCAGGCGGCUUCGCUGACGCCGAGUAGUGUGCACAGCGCCCUGUGAGGUGGGCGCUCGGCCCAUCCGCUACCAGCCCCGUCACAGGGGGCGGGGCUUACGGUCUAACGCGCCAGGCCACACCCAAAUGCCGACGGGCUCCGUUCCCGCCCUUUUAUUUCCGCGACACGAGCGCGUACACCGGCCUCAGUCAUCUAAUAACGGGACGUCACCGGUAAGAACCUGCCAAUAACGAGACGUCACCGAAACUAUGGUGGUCCGGAUAUCCAGCUGAAACUAGAUGAGUGAAGAUGCCUAGUGGGGUCACAUUUGGACGCAAGCGGCCUAUGCUUCCCUGCCCAAAUCCUUUAUUUCUGAAAUGGCUAACAGAGUGGAGGGACUCUGCUGCUGAGAAAGGGUUAAAAAUGCAAUUUGUAUACCAAAAGGCCAUUAGCUCACUGAAGAAGUACCCUCUGCCGCUUCAGAACGGGAAGGAAGCAAAAAUCCUGCAAAAUUUUGGAGACGGAAUUUGUAAGAUGUUGGAUCAACAGCUGGAAAAAUAUUAUGCAGAACAUGGACCCAAUGCUCCAAUUCAUUCUCUCCAUAGCAGCAAUGAUAAAAACAGAAACCCACAAAGAGCCACUUCUCCACCUCCUGCCUCAUCUGGUCGGGAAGGAGACAUGCCCAAAAAUCCACGUGACGGACCAUCCCCUACAAAAAAGAAAAAGACAGCUGGAAAAAAGCAACGGGAGUAUGUUCCACAGAAGAGAUCAGGGGGCUACGCUGUGCUGCUUACCCUGUACAAGGAAAGCAAAAAUUCGAAUUCCAAAGGCUACAUGAACAAAAAAGAACUGCAGAGAGAAGCUCAGCCUCUAUGCGACAAGUCAUUCACACUGACUGAUCCCAGUAAUAAAUACACAGCCUGGUCUUCUGUUAGCACAUUAAUUCAGAAGGAAUUGGUCAUCAAAACACACAGCCCAGCCAGAUAUUCUCUUACUGACCAAGGACUUGAGCUAGCACAGAGAUUGGAAGCUGCUGAAGAACUGCUCGAAGACGGGAAUGAUGGUGUCAGUGAAGCAUGUAGCAUGACUUCUGAGGAAGAUCCAGGGGAUCGGGAUAACCUGAAUUAUACAGAAAAUACCCAAAAUGUAUUAGCUAUCUCUCACAAAACUGUUAGCCUGCCAUUCUCCUCGGUCAACCAUAGACAAUCGAGAGAAGAUCCUGCACCCAGCUCAUAUAACCAUAUACCAGAUUUCACUCUGCGGCCUGGCCAGUUUAAUGUUAUACUUUGUGUUGACUUCAUUGAAACCACAGGGGGUGCAUCACAUAGAAAACAGGAAUUGGUUUCAGAACUUAAAAGAAACGGAGUCAAUUUUGAUGUACGCAAACUACACAUUGGAGACUUUCUGUGGAUAGCACAAGAGAAAGUGCAACCAGUGCCAGGACAACUAAGAAUCCCACAAGCGCGGGAGGUAGUGCUGGAUUAUGUCAUUGAAAGAAAGAGAAUGGAUGACCUUUGUGGAAGUAUUAUAGAUGGUCGCUUUCGGGAACAGAAGUUCCGGCUAAAGAGAUGCGGUCUGCAUCGCCCAAUAUAUCUAGUGGAAGAUUAUGGGUCAGCACAGCACCUAAGUAUUCCUGAAAGUACCUUACAGCAAGCUAUCGUGAAUACACAGGUAAUAGAUGGAUUCUUCAUCAAGCGUACAAAAGAUGUACGGGAGUCUGCUGCAUAUCUGACCAUAAUGACACGGUAUCUGCAGACAUUGUACUUGAACAAGACUUUAAUGAGCUGCACCAAAGAGGAAGCCAGUAAAUGUAACCGAGCGUUUCACUAUGAUGACCAAAGUUGCAUCCUCAUGGAGUUCAGAGACUUUAAUGAAGGGGCUAUGAAGAAUAAGGCACAGACUGUGAAAGAAGUGUUUGCUCGACAGCUGAUGCAGAUGAGUGGAGUUAGUGGUGAGAAGGCAGCAGCAAUCCUGGAAAGAUACAGCACCCCAGCCAGCCUGCUUUCUGCAUAUGAAUGUUGUUCUUCCACCGAGGAGAGGGAGAAGUUGUUGUCAAAUGUGAAGUGUGGAAAGCUACAGAGAAAUCUUGGACCAGUGCUGAGCAAAACUAUAUCCCAGCUUUACUGCACCAAGGAAGCCUUGUCCUGAGGAAUGGUGACACAAUGAAACUUUACUGAGCGACGUGAAUUUCCAGCUUGAAUGUUUUGCAGUUAGUCUGCCUCCCUGAAGAUGGUGUAAAUACUUUGGAGAUAGCCAUAGAUGAUUAAACUAUCAACCUAUUUUGAUCACGGAUACAAUCAUGAUUAAUACAAGCAAAGUGGCAAAUAUUCUAUUAGGAGGAUUAAAACGAUAAAAAAUCUGUACUGUGGAACUGCAUCUGUCAUCUUAACUCAAUAUUCACAAGUUGAAGCUCUGUGUGACUUUCCAAUCCAGUGUAGAGCUCUGAAAACACAGGUUUUUCAAACUUUCAUUGAGUCCAUAAGAGGUUACUCUUAUGGACUCGCUGAAGUACCUUGCUGUAAGUAGUUAAUAGAAUCAUUCCCGUAGUAUGUCUUAAAUAGUAUUUUACCAUUGAGCACAUGCUAACAAAAAGUUCAAACCUAACUGUUUUUAGAAUACCUACCAUGUGAACCAACCCAUUCACAUGGAUGUACCUGCAGUAGACUUAGUGUGCUAAUAUUUUGGGGACUUCUUGCCAAGUGGAACUGUUCAGUGUUUAAAAUCAUCUAGAUAUUCUGAACUGUUACUUAGAUCUACCUCAUUUUCUGAGACUUUGACCAUACCAGAGCUAACUAUAUCCCACUUUUAUUAGUCUGUACUUAUCAAGGACCACUUGAGUGUAUACUUAAAAUAGGUGUUUCAUUUUUCUAAUGUGAAUUUAAGAGGUAGAUUGUAAAAUCAAUGAUAUGUUGUACUGAUGCUUUAUUUGAAUAUGUCCUCAAAUUUUCUUA